AUGACUCCAUUGAUAGUGCUUCUUGUUAGUUUUCUCGGCACUUCUGCUGCUCAUGGAUCAGAACUAGGAAACUCCGGUGUGGAAUCAAGGUUUGUAUUAAAUCCUCAGCCUGCAUCACCACAAUUUGUUAAUUCCAUACUGGAACUUCUAAGCCGACUGCCCUUCAACCUGUACAACAACUAUAUCUGUAAUGUGUACGCCGAUGUUUAUUCUGCUCCUUAUUUUCAUGGGUACCCGUAUACCUAUUAUUACUACAGUAGAGGCAGGCGUGAGGCGUACAGCACGUACGAGUUGUAUCAAUACAGUCAAACAGUGAAAGGAACAUUCAAGAUCCUAUCUUCCUACUGGAGCCACAAAGAAUUUAAGAGUUUAUAUGAUGAAGUCCGGGAGAUAGCUACUGAUAUCAUGUCCAGAAGAGAUCAGAAAGGACCCACCGUUGCUGAAACUACAAGACGAGUCCUAAAGAAUUACUUAUCCAGAAAUAAAGUUUCUAUGAAUGUAGAUAAUGUUCACAGUGCUAUCGUUAAAAUAAAUACAACACCAAAAAGGAUCUUCCAAUCUUCUGUCAACUAUUUUGUAAGAAGCUCAUGUAGUGCUGUAAGGAGUAACUCGCAUUGUAAUUAUGUACGACAUAUGACUACUUCCGGUCUAUGUAGUACAGUCUACUUUAGUAACCUAAUGUUUAACCAAUGUUGUGAGGGUAACACAACUACCGGGGGUGUAACGGCAACAUUAACUACUACAGCUACUUCUACCUCCAGCACAACUACUACCACUACUACUAUUAGCAGCAGUGAUUCCUCUACAGCUUCUACUAAAG